GUAAACGACAAUUAAGUAUCGUUUUUGCCCUAAUAUCAACAUUUUAUAUCAACAUUUUACUCCUGACAGAGGAGCAUUUCUACAACACAGGUUAUUCAGCUGUGCCAGAGUCUCCUGAGACAUCUGUAUUAAGCUACAACACAUGGCUUACAGCAGGUCACAAGGGACAUCUUGGACUGUCAGUGAUUUGAUGGAAAAGAGUCAGUUAAUCAGUGAAGGAAAACCAUCACGGUAUUGUCUGCUUACAACCAGAAGUAAUCUAGAUAAAAGUGGUAAAAUCAGAAAAUGGACAUUUGGUCAGCGAUACAUCAACACUCAAAACAAAAUCAUACUGGUGGUGGGAGAAACUAGAACAGGCAAAACCACUCUGAUCAACGGCAUAGUGAAUUACACACUAGGAGUGAAGAUCGAUGAUGAUGUUUGGUUUGAGAUCACAGAAGACAGAGGAGUGAAUCAAACUGAACCUGAAACAGCAGAUCAGACAGAAAAACAAACAACUGAAAUCACUGUCUAUGAAGUUUUUGUCCAGGAGAACCAAAUCUCUGUUACCAUCAUUGACACACCAGGUUAUGGAGACACCAGAGGAGCAGAAUAUGAUCAACAGAUUGCUGAAAACUUGUUUAAACUGUUUAAAAAUGACACUGGAGUGAAGGAAAUAGAUGCAGUGUGUCUGGUAGUGAAGGCAGCUGAGAAUCGUCUCUCUGACAGACAGCAUUACAUUUUUGAUGCAAUUCUGUCUCUAUUUGGUGAAGACAUAGAGGAGAACAUUGUGUUUUUUAUGACACACUCAGAUGGAGGACCACCAACAAACAUCAUUAAUGCCAUCAAGAAAGCGAAGAUUCCUUGCAGGAAAGAAAACGGAACUGAUCCUGUUUAUUUCUUAUUCAACAACCGGCAAGCUGAGCAACGGACCACGAAACAUCAGAAAGCAUAUCAGUUUGCUUGGGAGCUCACAGAGGAAAGUCUAAAGGAUUUCUUCACAUCUUUGAAAGACCAGAACACAAAAAGCUUAGAAAAGACUGGAAGAGUUCUGACAGAGCAAAUUCGACUGAAAGCCUGUGUUUCUAAUCUGCAGGAACGCAUUGAAUUCAAGGAGCUCAAACAGGAAGAACUGACUCAGAUUCAGGAAGCCCUCAAAGAAAACCAGGAAAACAUUGAGAGAAAUGAAAACUUUUCUUUUACAGUCACCAGGAGUCACAAGGAGAAAGUCAGCAUUGGAAACGCUUCACAUUGGGACAGAAAGGCAACCUGUUGCUCCGUCUGUCAGGAGAACUGUCAUGAGUACGACUGCUGGUGUGCCAUCAACCCCUUUUUGUGUGAAGUCAUGAAAGAUGGUCGCUGCACUGUGUGUUCAGGGAAGUGUCACUACAGCCAACACAUCAGAGAGAACAAGAAAUAUGUUACAAAGAGUGAAAAGGUAGAAAUCAUGUAUACGGAUGUGAUCAAACAAUAUGGCAGCACUGACGAGUCCACAGCAGAUAUCAGUUUAGACUCCGAGAAAUUUGAGCAGAAAGAAGAGAGGAUAAGCAUAGAGACCAGACUGAAAGAAGAACUGAGUGAGACUGAAAAAGAAAAGACCCAACUGGUGGAAGAGGCCUGCAACACCAUCAUCAGACUGUCUGAGAUUGCAUUAAAACCAGACUCUGCCUUCAUUAUUGAAUCUCUGGACUUCUUGAUCCCCCAAGCUGAGGAAUCUGGACAUCUCGACUGGGCUCAGAGACUGAAGGAGCUGAGGAAGAUUGAACCUGAAGCACAU